AUGCCGACGACAGACAUCCACGUGCCAAUACACGCCUUUUUUACUCAUUCAAAUCAUCAAGAUGUGUUUGCACUCGCUCCCCUAGCUUUAUCAUUUUUGACACUCACAACAUCUGUGAUUAUGGCUCCAGUAGCAUCGGAAGAUACUUUGAAACGAUCUACGGUUGAUUUGGUCGAUAAACGCGCCUACUACUACUAUUCUGGCCCCGAGGAGCCUGCUGAGAAUGACAAGCACGCAUAUUACUACUAUUCCAGUCCCGAAGAGCCUGCUAAGAAAGAGAGACAUGCCUACUACUACUACUACUACUACUACUACUACUACUUAGGUCCAGAGCAACAUAGUGAAGAGGAAUGAGAGCGCUGUUCUAAAGUAUAUUGGCGAGUGCGUUUCGUCUGUGGGGUUUAUAUUGAUUUAUAUAAACGUUUGCUUAGAUUUCUGGUGCCAUGUGAGAAAAGCCAAUUGCAACAAUGCGUGAUCGACCGAGGAUUUACGGAGCACUCCACAGUUAUAUCACUCUACGCUCAAUAGUCCUUUUAUAGGAUGGUUCUUUCUACAGAUUU